AUGACAUCCAACGCUACUACGGUCACCGACGGGCCCCUUCCAGAUGCCAGCGCCAAGGAAGUUCCUUCAGCCGGAACUGUCCAGCCCAAUAGGAGUCCCUCGAAGACUAGGAACCCUUUGCCUAUGAUGGCUAGCAGUCAGGAAAUACCCUCUGAGACGACCAUCACUGUCGAUCGCCGUCGAGAAUUCGCGAUUUAUGGGAAUCCCAAGCAGGAUUUCUACGGAAGGGAAGUGAUCAAUGCAGAAGACUGCGAAGUCGAGCGCAAGAAGCCCAUUGUUGUGCGUGGACCGUACUCUGACCGUCCACUUGACUGGGAGCCCGAAGUCCGCCGCCUUUCCGAUAUUAUGCGUGAAGGGAAAGAAAAUGCUAGGAUAGAUGAGCUCACAGACGAGCUACGGCGGGUUUCUCUAGAAGUGGUAUAG